UUUUCGAGCUGUUUACUAGGAUUAAAGAUUAUAAUCUUAUAAAAUAUAUAGAUUCAACUCUUAAUUGAGAGACAUGAGUUCAAAACGACCCAAGAGCAGAGUGAGCAAUAAAGUCAAGGAAAAGGAUAAAAAGAAUGACAAUGAUUUUCCCUCCCCAGACGAGAGUGCACCAGAGUCUGCUCCCCCCGACUAUAUCUUCCCUCUGGUCCUGACUUCCGCUACACAGGAGCUAUUCGGUUGUCGGACAGAUGAGGAUGUAACCGGGGAAAACCCUUACAAGUUGUUAAAGAAAGAAGACAUCAUACAGGACCUGAAGACUCGAGCGGCCGUGUCUGACUUCAGUCCUGUUAAACACACAGUGCUGGAAUAUCCUGAAGAUGAACUUCUGCUGGUGUUUGACAGAGACUUCACAUACGGCCAGAGCUUCUACCUGGUGCUCACAGCAGAGGCCAAAGAGAACAUACUGAAGCCAUCAGUACAAGGUGAUGAUGAGGUGGUGAUGGAGGAUGAAGAGGAGGAGGAGAUAAUGCCAAAAACUCCAGAGUCUCAUCCGUGGAUUUCUCUGGGAAGUGAGCAGGAGAUCGAGGAAGAGUCGCUCACAGAUUCCAGACCCAAACUCAGAUAUAAGAUCUCUCGUCUGCUGCGAGACUUCGGCGCUCCGGUGCGUUUCUCUGAUUGCAGCGCUCUGGACGGGAAGGAAGGAUUUGUGGAGUGCCCAUCAUACCAGGACAAGAGCUUCAGUAUCAGAGAGCUGCAGAGACACACGAGCGUUCAGGCCACCAGCAACAUCAAACACUCCUCCACACAGACACUGUGGAAGUACCCAAAGAACAUGUGUACUCAGUAUGAGCCCAGAGAAUUCAGCGCUGACGAGAAAGAAAAUCACCUGCAAUCUGAAAAUCUGAAGAAUUUCAUCAAAUCUGUUGUGAUAAGGUUUGAAAUGGCCCUGCAGCAGAAUCACAUCAUGAAUGUGUUUUGUGAUGACUGGGUGGCGCUGUGUGAAGACGAGAGCACACUGACGGGAAAAACAGAAACACAGCUGAAGGAAUAUCAGUCGUUCACUGACCUCCACUACAGCAGAGAGAAGACCAUCAGUCACAUCCAAUGGCAUCCUACCAUCAGCGGUGCAAUUGCAGUGGCCAUGACAGAGAGAAUGUCUUUUGAGGAACGGAUUGAUAACUCCACUAAACUCAUGUUAAACCCAUCUUACAUUCUCUUCUGGAGCUUCAGUGACCCCAUAAACCCACAGCUGAAGUUGGAAUCUCCUGAUGAUGUUCUGAGCUUCCAGUUCUGUCCGUCAGACCCAAAUAUCAUCGCUGGCGGCUGCUUGAACGGACAGGUAGUAUUAUGGGAUAUCUCUGCACACAUAGAGAGACUGCAGGGCACCCGUAGUGGUGACAAAAACACCAUAAACACACUAGACAAAUCGAAUGAUCCUCCAGUGGUGCGGUAUUGUGCUGUGUCUGGAAUAGAGAAUGGACACAAAGCUCCGAUCACAGAUAUCCAGUGGCUGCCGGAAACUUUUGAGGUGUCCAGAUUAGGGAUUCCAGAGGAAAACACAAGUCAAAUCAGCGUUCAGAUUGUCACAUGUGCUCCUGACUGCUGUGUGAUGUUCUGGGAUCUACGGGCUCCACACGUCACGUCUCAGUCUCUGACGGAAACGAGAAAUCAAAGGAAAACAGAGGAAAGGCCUCUAGAAAACCCUCACGGCGUUCCGAAUACAUUCAAACACCUCAACCUGACCUGGAAACCUUUUAUACGAGUCUCGUUACCAAAGAUAGGCACUAGUGGUGAAUACAGUCCUCUUAAAUUCAGUUUGAGAGAUAAUACUGUCGACUACCCUAUAGUCACUACAGCAGAUAAACCUCCACAGAACUCUGAGCGUGAAGAUGGUUCUGGUUUCGGGCAGCUGCGGGUGCCAUCAGCCAAAGAGCAGAAACCUUUAGAACACAUCAGCACUAAACUGUAUGUGGGCACAGAGGACGGAGAACUCGUUUACACCGACUGGAAAAUGGAGAAAGACAACGACUCUGGACGACUGUACAGUGCCAAACCCACCCACCGGUUCAUCUUACACGACACUCUGGUGAACACUGUGAGUCGCUCUCCAUUUUUCAGGGACAUUAUUCUGACGGUUGGCAGCUGGAGUUUUGCCAUCUGGAAGGAAGGGGUCAUGAACGGACCGAUCGUCAUGUCGUCUUGCUCACAGAAGAUGUAUACGGCCGGUCAGUGGUCCCUGUCACGGCCGGCGGUCUUCUUCAUCGGGAAAGAAGACGGAAGCAUCGAAGUUUGGGACCUGCUGGAGAAAACACAUGAACCGUCACAAACCCAGAACAUCAGCAUCACCCCCAUUACCUGCAUCAAAGCCAGGAGCAUUUCCUCCAAGCAGCAUCUUCUGGCGGUAUCAGACGGUCUCGGCAUCCUUCACAUCCUUGAAAUCCCCUGGACCCUGCGCAGAUCCUCCAACAAUGAGAGGAAGAAUGUGUGGAAAUACUUUGAGAAGGAAGAGGAACGGCUGCUGUACUUUGACCAACGUAAAAUCAAACACGAGAAAGAGAAGGAGAUGGAAGCUGAAGAACAGAGGAAAAUGGAGCCAGUGCUGCCACAGAAACAGGACGAGGAGCUGCAGGCAGAAGCUCUGAAGGAAUAUGAACAGUAUUUGAGUCUGGAGAAGCUCAUUCUGAAAGACACAAACCUGCUGAUGGGAACAGAAGACACGUCAGACCUGUAACACACUCAAAAACAUCAUCAUACUCUAGAACCACCAAACUAGAAGAAUCUGGAGAACAUCGAGUUAACCAAUAACACUGAUGAGUUAAUAAUCGGUAAUGAAGACCACAAACCUCAAAUUCAGUGUUAAACUUGCUUGUCGUAAAUAGCUAAACACAGUUUUACUCAAAGUUGAGAGUUGUUUUUUUUUUACUUUAUAUGAAUGUUUAUUGCAAUUUUAUGAAUGUAAAACUAAACGAAAACACAUUAAAAGUUGUA